GAUCUGUGCGUUCGUUUGCCCGUGCACGACGUGGUCCCAUGGGUCCAUGACAGCAGGCUUUGAUGAAUCGACACCUUUGAUCCGUCAACCUUUUUGUCGGCCAUCAUACAUUUGGGUUACAAAAGUGGGAGUCCUUGGCCCAUUAUCGUCCUCUCCUUCCACCGUCUCGAUUUGACGCGUCGAUCAUGUUUCGGGACGCAGCAGGGCUUCACACUCGACAGAUUAAGGAUGAAACUGCUCUAAACCAAUAUGAUGUAGCCAGUGUAUUCUGAUAGAAAAAGGACAGUCUCAACGCCAAGCAGGCUUUUGUCAUCUACAUAAAAAAUGCUCUCAACGAUUUACUAUCUUUUGGCUCUUUUGCUGAUCAAAAGCAGCACAAAUGCCCAAUUGAACACUCUACCAAAACCUGUUGUGAAAGCCGAUCAAAAGUUGUUCGGGCCUUUUAUUGAAGGUGCUACCUUUUUCAAUGGCUCCAUCCUCGCAGUGGACCCCUUUGAUCCAACUUCAAAGACCGAGCUCAAGAACGGUAUUGGAGCAGUUGAUGUUAAAGACGGUAUCACUCGGUUGUUUUUAAGGGGCGCCCCACAAGCCCAAUUAAACGGCCUCCGUAUUGUUGAUGGCGGGACAAAGUUGUUAGCAGCUGACCCUGCAAAGCACGUCUUGUUCGUGCAUCCGAUUACGAACGAUGGUGUUGCUACCCAGCCAAGUUCUGUCAUCUCUAUUCCCUCGUCGGUUGGGGUCCCCAACGACGUUACAGAUACAGUUGGAGGUGGGGUGUACGUUAGCGGAGGUAAAUUUCAACCAGUAGGUGCUGCCAAAGACGGAGAAGUAUGGUUUGUUCCUCUUGCGGAGAGGGCACAGCCUGUGAAACUUUUGACGCUGGGACGUACCAACGGUAUUGCGCUGUCAAAGGACAAAAAAACGCUUUUCGUCACCGAAAAUGUGGCUCAACGCAACAAGAUACAGUCUUUUCAAGUUCAGACAGAUGGGUCUCUGAAAGAUCAGAAGCUGGUUGUGGAUUUCGAUCCUGCAACAAACAAGGGCUUCACGGCAGACAGUGACUUGGAUGGACUGCGUGUUCAUCCUGUUAGUGGUAACUUGUUCGUAGCGCACACUGGAAACGGGAAAUCUGUGGUAGAAGUGAAUCCUGCCGAUGGUAACAUCGUGCGAACAAUCGGUGUAUCGAUGAACAAUCCGACAAACCUUGAUUUCUCUCCUGCCGGUGACAAGUUGUUCGUCGUUGGACGGUGUGGAAAUGCACCGUUUGGUCAAGGCAAUGGGUGUCUUGAUGUCGCCUCUUUAUAAGGGUAGAAACGAUGCCUUGCUUCGUUCAGUAUUAUGUAAAAAAUGAAUGUACACCCCGCUGCUGUUAAAUCGAAAUAAUGGGACAUUGUAGAGGUUGCUUUCGGUAGAGAUGUACAUAUCGAACCAACACCUAUUUGUAGAGAAUGAAG